UACGUCCCCUGAAAGGUCGCAACUAUUUCUGCCUUAACCUCAUAAAUGAUUUGUCCUUUAGUUCUUAAUAACUCCUCAAAAUCUUGAAAAAUAAAAACCUGGUUUCUGUAUGCAAAGGAAAACCAUCUGUUCCAAUCAGAAUUGAAAUCUCUGCCAUUGCGUUAAGGUCUCGAUCAUCACUCAGUUACUUAUUUUCUUAAAGAUUUUUAGUUGAUAUCAGAUUGGAUUUGGAGAUGGGAGCGGCUACAAACUUUGUUGACAUGGAGGAGGGAACUCUCGAGAUCGGCAUGGAGUAUAGAACUGUUUCUGGUGUUGCAGGGCCACUGGUCAUUCUUGAUAAAGUCAAGGGUCCAAAGUAUCAGGAGAUUGUCAACAUCCGUCUGGGAGAUGGAACAAUGAGACGAGGACAGGUCUUGGAAGUUGAUGGGGAGAAAGCAGUUGUGCAGGUUUUUGAAGGAACAUCAGGAAUUGACAACAAAUUCACAACCGUUCAGUUUACUGGGGAGGUGCUGAAAACACCUGUGUCAUUGGAUAUGCUUGGGCGAAUAUUUAAUGGCUCUGGAAAGCCCAUUGAUAAUGGCCCACCGAUUUUGCCUGAGGCUUACCUUGAUAUAUCUGGAAGCUCCAUAAACCCUAGUGAGAGAACCUAUCCUGAGGAGAUGAUACAAACGGGGAUUUCUACUAUUGAUGUGAUGAACUCCAUUGCUCGUGGACAGAAGAUUCCUCUUUUUUCUGCUGCUGGCCUUCCCCAUAAUGAAAUAGCUGCUCAGAUCUGUCGUCAGGCUGGUCUUGUAAAGCGGUUGGAAAAGUCUGGUGAUCACAUCAUGGAUGGGGAAGAGGACAACUUCGCCAUUGUAUUUGCUGCAAUGGGUGUAAACAUGGAGACAGCCCAAUUUUUUAAGCGUGAUUUUGAGGAGAAUGGAUCAAUGGAGAGAGUGACUCUUUUCUUAAACCUGGCAAAUGACCCCACCAUUGAACGAAUUAUCACUCCUCGUAUUGCCCUCACAACUGCAGAAUAUUUGGCUUAUGAAUGUGGAAAACAUGUUUUAGUUAUAUUGACAGAUAUGAGUUCUUAUGCUGAUGCGCUUCGAGAGGUAUCUGCUGCCCGAGAAGAAGUACCGGGAAGGCGUGGGUACCCUGGAUAUAUGUAUACUGAUUUGGCAACAAUUUAUGAACGUGCUGGACGAAUUGAAGGACGAAAAGGCUCCAUUACUCAAAUUCCUAUUUUAACAAUGCCUAAUGAUGAUAUCACACAUCCUACCCCAGAUCUUACUGGUUAUAUUACCGAGGGGCAGAUUUACAUUGAUAGGCAACUCCACAAUCGACAGAUAUAUCCACCUAUCAACGUGCUUCCAUCACUUUCUCGGCUCAUGAAGAGUGCUAUUGGUGAGGGUAUGACUCGUCGAGAUCACGCUGAUGUGUCCAACCAGCUGUAUGCAAAUUAUGCUAUUGGAAAAGAUGUCCAAGCUAUGAAAGCCGUGGUUGGAGAAGAAGCACUUUCUUCUGAGGAUCUGCUUUAUUUGGAAUUCUUGGACAAAUUUGAGAGGAAAUUUGUGACCCAAGGGGCCUAUGACACCCGCAACAUCUUUCAGUCACUUGAUUUGGCUUGGACACUGCUCCGGAUCUUUCCUCGUGAGCUUCUCCACCGUAUACCAGCCAAGACACUGGAUAAUUAUUACAGUCGCGACACAGCAAACUGAGAUGAAAAAGUGUCUUUCUUUCACUGUUUCAGUCCAUUUACGACUUAAAGUCAGUGAGCAUGAAUUCUUGGUCAAUGUUUUACCUCAAUUUCUUGCCUGGGCUGCAUGACUUUGGCAAAGCAGUAUGAUUCAGUGCCCUGGCUCUCUGUUCCGUAUUACAAUACAUUUUAUUUGUUCUUCUAUUUAUCACAGCCAUGGGAAUUUAUUGGUCUGAGGUUCCUGAACCUUUUUGUAAGAAGUAUAAGUUUCAUUAUUUUGCCUUUGCCCAGUUGUAAUUUGGAAACCAUUCUGGCAAUCAUAAUUGAAAAUUUUAAACCAAA